ACUACUUCAGUCAGGCCUGUUUCUGUGGGUUGGAUUUUGGGUUAAACGACAUUAAGCCACUACGGGCCAGUUUCCGAUCGGAACGUUUGGCUCGCGGCCCCAACUGCGCCCCCUGUAUCUGUGUGUUUCUGGUGUGUGUUGCCAUUAGACGGGUCAGAACGCGAGAGCGAAGGGGACACCAUGGCUUCUCAGCGGCUUUAUCUGAGGUUGGUAGGGCUCACCGCUCUGCUCACAUUGCUGGCCCUCGCAGAUGUUUCCAGUGAGAGCAGCCUUCACAAGAUCCUGAAGAAAAGAGAUGUGGUGAGUGACGGUAGCCCUUCACCUAAGUACAGGGUGGCUGUUGCUCCCGCCAAGGCCAAAGAGUUCCUGGCCAAGCUACAGAGGCCCAAGAGGAACAUUUGGGACCGCAGCAGGCCAGAUGUGCAGCAGUGGAUCAUGCAGUUCAUGUACAUGGGAUUCGACGAGACGAGACUGGAGGCGGACCUGUCCUACUGGAUGGACCACGCGCGGUCCAGCGAUCAGGGUCGCCAGCACCAUUACGACGAGAACUCUCCCAUUGGACCCAGAGACAGAGGGGCACACCGUCACGGAGCCGACGUCAACUACGACUACUACUAACUCCACAUGCUGUCUCGCUCCCUCUCUCAAAACGUAAGACUAACCUCUGUCUUCCUUCACUACUUCUAACCCCCUCUCUAUUUCUCCCUCAUAUAGUGUGCAACUUCUUUUCUUUCUUUGUAUACAGUGUACUUUCCGUUAAACAACACCUGGACAAACAUUUUUGGGUGUGCAUCAGCUCAUGCUUUUCACUCGUUUCUAACCCAUCCCUUAGGGCCAAGACAUCCUGUGGCGUGCCACAGGGUUGGAUAAUGGGACCUUUGUUAUUCCUAAUCUAUAUCAAUGACCUUGCUGCUGUGUCUUCUACCGUACUUCCCCUUCUCUUUGCUGAGGAUACCAAGUAGAUUUUAUCACACAAUCAUUUGUAUUCACUAAUUAACGAAGCAAACUCAGGCAUGGACACAUUUUCUGAAUGGUUCCAGAUAAACAUUAUCUUUAAAUGUAAAAAGAAAUCUAACUUUAUUUUAUUCAAUAGUAAGGAUAAGAAAUGUUGUUAAAGAAAAGAGCCAGAAUCUCAAUUGGUGGGAAUGAAAUAGAACAAGUCACAUCCACUAGAUUCCUGUGAGUUAUAAUUGAUGAACAGUUGUCCUGGAAAGAUCAUAUCCAGUUAGUUCCACUAGAUUCCUGUGAGUUAUAAUUGAUGAACAGUUGUCCUGGAAAGAUCAUAUCCAGUUAGUUCCACUAGAGUCCUGUGAGUUAUAAUUGAUGAACAGUUGUCCUGGAAAGAUCACAUCCAGUUAGUUCCACUAGAUUCCUCUGACUUAUAAUUGAUGAACAGUUGUCCUGGAAAGAUCACAUCCAGUUAGUUCCACUAGAUUCCUCUGAGUUAUAAUUGAUGAACAGUUGUCCUGGAAAGAUCAUAUCCAGUUAGUUCCACUAGAUUCCUGUGAGUUAUAAUUGAUGAACAGUUGUCCUGGAAAGAUCAUAUCCAGUUAGUUCCACUAGAGUCCUGUGAGUUAUAAUUGAUGAACAGUUGUCCUGGAAAGAUCACAUCCAGUUAGUUCCACUAGAUUCCUGUGAGUUAUAAUUGAUGAACAGUUGUCCUGGAAAGAUCACAUCCAGUUAGUUCCACUAGAUUCCUCUGAGUUAUAAUUGAUGAACAGUUGUCCUGGAAAGAUCAUAUCCAGUUAGUUCCACUAGAUUCCUCUGAGUUAUAAUUGAUGAACAGUUGUCCUGGAAAGAUCACAUCCAGUUAGUUCCACUAGAUUCCUGUGACUUAUAAUUGAUGAACAGUUGUCCUGGAAAGAUCACAUCCAGUUAGUUCCACUAGAUUCCUCUGAGUUAUAAUUGAUGAACAGUUGUCCUGGAAAGAUCACAUCCAGUUAGUUCCACUAGAUUCCUGUGACUUAUAAUUGAUGAACAGUUGUCCUGGAAAGAUCAUAUUCAGUUAGUUCCACUAGAUUCCUCUGAGUUAUAAUUGAUGAACAGUUGUCCUGGAAAGAUCACAUCCAGUUAGUUCCACUAGAUUCCUGUGAGUUAUAAUUGAUGAACAGUUGUCCUGGAAAGAUCACAUCCAGUUAGUUCCACUAGAUUCCUGUGAGUUAUAAUUGAUGAACAGUUGUCCUGGAAAGAUCACAUCCAGUUAGUUCCACUAGAUUCCUGUGACUUAUAAUUGAUGAACAGUUGUCCUGGAAAGAUCACAUCCAGUUAGUUCCACUAGAUUCCUGUGAGUUAUAAUUGAUGAACAGUUGUCCUGGAAAGAUCACAUCCAGUUAGUUCCACUAGAUUCCUGUGACUUAUAAUUGAUGAACAGUUGUCCUGGAAAGAUCACAUCCAGUUAGUUCCACUAGAUUCCUCUGAGUUAUAAUUGAUGAACAGUUGUCCUGGAAAGAUCACAUCCAGUUAGUUCCACUAGAUUCCUGUGAGUUAUAAUUGAUGAACAGUUGUCCUGGAAAGAUCAUAUUAAGUUAGUUCCACUAGAUUCCUGUGAGUUAUAAUUGAUGAACAGUUGUCCUGGAAAGAUCAUAUCCAGUUAGUUCCACUAGGUUCCUGUGAGUUAUAAUUGAUGAACAGUUGUCCUGGAAAGAUCAUAUCCAGUUAGUUCCACUAGAUUCCUGUGAGUUAUAAUUGAUGAACAGUUGUCCUGGAAAGAUCACAUCCAGUUAGUUCCACUAGAUUCCUGUGACUUAUAAUUGAUGAACAGUUGUCCUGGAAAGAUCAUAUCCAGUUAGUUCCACUAGAUUCCUCUGACUUAUAAUUGAUGAACAGUUGUCCUGGAAAGAUCACAUCCAGUUAGUUCCACUAGAUUCCUGUGACUUAUAAUUGAUGAACAGUUGUCCUGGAAAGAUCACAUCCAGUUAGUUCCACUAGAUUCCUGUGAGUUAUAAUUGAUGAACAGUUGUCCUGGAAAGAUCAUAUCCAGUUAGUUCCACUAGAUUCCUCUGACUUAUAAUUGAUGAACAGUUGUCCUGGAAAGAUCACAUCCAGUUAGUUCCACUAGAUUCCUGUGCGUUAUAAUUGAUGAACAGUUGUCCUGGAAAGAUCACAUCCAGUUAGUUCCACUAGAUUCCUGUGACUUAUAAUUGAUGAACAGUUGUCCUGGAAAGAUCAUAUCCAGUUAGUUCCACUAGAUUCCUCUGACUUAUAAUUGAUGAACAGUUGUCCUGGAAAGAUCACAUCCAGUUAGUUCCACUAGAUUCCUGUGACUUAUAAUUGAUGAACAGUUGUCCUGGAAAGAUCACAUCCAGUUAGUUCCACUAGAUUCCUGUGAGUUAUAAUUGAUGAACAGUUGUCCUGGAAAGAUCAUAUCCAGUUAGUUCCACUAGAUUCCUCUGACUUAUAAUUGAUGAACAGUUGUCCUGGAAAGAUCACAUCCAGUUAGUUCCACUAGAUUCCUCUGAGUUAUAAUUGAUGAACAGUUGUCCUGGAAAGGUCAUUUUCAGUUUGUCUGCAGCAAAGUGAUGAAAUCUAUUGGUAUCAUCAGAACGAUUGGUGGUUUGGUUCAUCAGGCUUGCUUCCUAACUCUAUACUAUACCGUAGCUUAAUUUACCAUAUCUCAUUUACUGUAAUAUUGUCUGGGCCAGCACAUAUGCCUCCUAUCCACACAAAUUACUCAUCAUACAAAAUACAUUUGCAAGACUAGCCUCCUCCUCUAAUUACCUGGCAUUUUGUUGGUUCUAGUCAAGAUUCUAGCAGCCAUGUUUAGCACUAACUGAAGUUUAUUUAGUGCUGUAUCCGCGUAUUCAGAAAGUAGAGCAUUGCAGUAGUCGAAUCUAGAAGUGAUAAAAGCAUGGAUUAACUUCUCUGCAUCAUUUUUUGACAAAAAGUUUGAUUUUUCAAUGUUACGAAGAUGGAAAAAAACUGUCCUUGAAAUAGUCUUGAUAUGUUUUAUCAAAAGAGUGAUCAGGGUCUAGAGUAACGCUGAGGUCCUUCACGGUUUUAUUUGAGACGACUGUACAACCAUCAAUAUUAAUUGUCAGAUCCAACAGAAGAUCUCUUUGUUUAUUGAGAUCUAGAACUAGCAUCUCUGUUUUGUCCGAGUUUAAAAGUAGAACGUUUGCAGCCAUCCACUUCCUUGUGUCUGAAACACAGGCUUCCAGCGAGGGCAAUUUUGGGGCUUCACCAUGUUUCAUCGAAAUGCACAGCUGUGCAUCGUCCGCAUAGGAGCGAAAGUUAACAUUAUGUUUCCGAGUGACAUCACCAAGAGGUACAAUAUAUUGUGAAAACAAUAGUGGUCCUAAAUCGGAACACCAGAACUUACAGUUGACUUUUCAGAGGACAAACCAUCCACAGAGACAAACUGAUAUCUUUCCGACAGUUAAGAUCUAAACCAGGCCAGAACUUGUCCAUGUAGACCAAUUUGGGUUUCCAAUCUCUCCAAAAGAAUGUCAUCAUCAAUGGUGUCAAAAGCAGCACUAAGGUCUAGGAGAACGAGGACAGAUGUAGAGCCUUGGUCUGACGCCAUUAAAAGGUAAUUUACCAACUUCAUGAGUGUAGUCUCAGUGCUAUGACGGGGUCUAAAACCAGACUGAAGCAUUUCGUAUACACUGUGCCUUCAGGAAGGCAGUGAGUUGCUGCACAACAGCUUUUUCUAACAUUUUUGAGAGGAAUACGCUCGGACAGUUUAUCUAAACCCUUCAAUGGAUUCUUCCAGGUUAAUUACUGAGAUCCAUCUAUAGUCAGGUCCAUAAGUUUUUGCAUCAUUUUGGCUGUGUACGCCACCACAAAGGAUUUGAUAGGAAACAGUCAAUAUGUGCUUUAAGUGUAGACUUUCAUCUGUAAUUUAAGGGUUUUGUCAAAAUGAUUGUAUGAACUGUGUAGGAAUGAAAAAACAUUCAUACAUAGCCCCCAAUUUUAUGGGCUCAAAAGUAAUUGAACAUAUUAACAUAAUCAUAAAAUAAAUCGUGAGUUUUAAUGACUGCCUGAAGUCUGGAACCCAUAGACAUCACCAGAUGCUGGGUUUCUUCCCUGGUGAUGCUCUGCCAGGCCUUUACUGCAGCUGUCUUCACUUCCUGCUUGUUCUUGGGGCGUUUUGCCUUCAGCAAGUGAAAUGCAUGCUCAAUCACCUGACCUGAAUCCAAUUGACUUGGCCAUUGCAGAACAUUCCACUUCUUUGCCUUAAAAAGGUAUUGGGUUGCUUUCGCAGUAUGCUUCGGGUCAUUGUCCAUCUGCACUGUGAAGCACCGUCCAAUGAGUUUUGAAGCAUUUGGUUGAAUCUGAACAGAUAAUAUAUCCCUAAACACUUCAGAAUUCAUCCUGCUGCUUUUGUCAGCAGUCCCAUCAUCAAUAUAUACAAGGGAACAAGUUCCAUUGGCAGCCAUACAUGCCCACACCAUAACACUACCUCCACCAUGCUUCACAGAUGAGGUGGUAUGCUCUGAUGAUGAGCAGUUCCUUCCCUUCUCCACACUCUUCUCUUCCCAUCAUUCUGGUACAAGUUGAUCUUUGUCUCAUCUGUCCACAGGAUGUUGUUCCAGAACUGUACAGGUGUUUUAGAUGUUUUUUGGCAAGCUCUAAUCUGGUCUUCCUGUUCUUUGAGGCUUACCAAGGGUUUACAUCUUGUGGUAAACCCUCUGUAUUUACUCUGGUAAACUUAUUUACUCAAGUCUUCUCUUGAUUGUUGACACAGAUACACCUACCUCCUGGAUGGUGUUCCUGAUCUGGCCAACUGUUGUGAAGGGGUUUUUCUUCCCCAGGGAAAUAAUUAUUCUGUCAUCUACCACAGUUGUUUUCUGUGGUCUUCUGGGCCUUUUGGUGUCCCGGAGCUCACCAGUGCGUUCUUUCUUUUUAAGAAUGUACCAAAUAAUUGAUUUGGCCACACCUAAGGUUUUUGCUAUCUCUCUGUUGGAUUUGUUUUGAUUUUUCAGCCUAAUGAUGGCUUGCUUCACUGGCAGGGACAGCUCUUUGUACUUCAUAUCGAGGCUUAACAGCAACAGAUUCCAAAUGCACACUUGAAAUCAACUCCAGAACUUUUGUCUGCUUACUUGUAAAUUAACUAAUGAGGGAACAACACAUCUGGCCAUGCAACAGCCAAUUGUUCAAUUAAUUUUGGUCCCUUUAAAAGGGGGGCAAAUAUUUGCAGCGCUGUUCUUCCUACACCGUUCACCCUCAAAUUAAAGCUGAACUUCUACACUUUCAGCUCAUAUUCAUUAUUUCAUUUCAACUCCAAUAUGUUGUGGUAGACAGCUAAAAUAAUAAUGGCUGUAUAUAACGCAAGACACUGCGAUAACCUUUACCCCCUCCACUGCCACAUCUCUGUCAGAUACAGAGGUACCAUACUCUGAAACUUUUAUUUUUACAUUGCCAAAACAUAAUCUCUCAUUAACUUCAAGUGAAGACUGGGGGUCAGCCUGAUGAACCAAACUACACAGUAAUCACCAUGUAUGCUAACUCUCACACAUUUAAACAAAACACUUUUUUUUGUGUGUGAUUACUGCACAAUUCAUUUAUACAUUUAUAAUUAUGUUUUGUUAGGUUUUAACAAACCAUAUUUAUUUUGUAUUGUAAAACAAUGUGUAGGGGUGGGGUUUUCAAAUAAACCCUGGGGCCUCCAACAACACCUGCACACCGUUUGUAUUUUCUCUAUCACUUGUUUAUUCUGUGCAAAAAAAUUCAACUAAACUGUCUCCUCUCUCACACUUCUCCCCAGUCUAAUCUAAUGGCCCCCGGCUCCUGCUCCAGAUCUGGCUUUUCUCUUCCUAUCGCUUUACACCAGCUGCUGUUCUGUUUGUAUUGUUUGUUUGUCGAGGAUCAGUAUAAAUAAAGACUGACUCAUU